UUAGACACAGCUCCUGAGGCUCCUGAGCAGGGGCGAGAGGCCGGAGAUGAUGCUGGAGCUGCAGAGGGAAAUCAUGUCCAGAUGAACCGCUGUCUCAAUGAGUUUACAUCCCAGGGGUGUGGAUAUGAGCACAUUAACCCGUGACCGGUCCAGCUGCCUUCCUGGCACACUUAUCCCUGGAGAGAUGAUGGGUAAUUUUCUCCCUCGUGCAAUUUUUUUUUUUCGGGUUGAUUCCUUAAGCUUUGCUGCUUCAUAUAUCCGUAGCCUGAGGCAAGAGAGCGGGGGAGAUGUAAUUAGAGGAAGUGGAGUGCAACAGUGGAUCUGAGCACUGCAGCUUUCUUGUGUCUCUGUUGCUGUUAAAGGAUGUAAUCGUGUUGCUUGGGGUGUUUUUUCUUAGCAUAGCUUGGUUUUGGGGUUUGUUUGUUGUUUUUUUUUUUAAAGUCUCCAUUUCAAAAAUCCUUUCCACAGUGUGACUCUGCCUGUAUUUACAUCAGGUCAGGUGAAGGGGUGAUAAACGGGCAGCGAGCAGAAGCAAACGGCCAAGAUCUGGGAGGAUGGGAACCCCUCGUUGGGCUUUUAAAGAGCAUCUAUUGUGCAGCUGCGUCUGAAGGUUAUUGCUGCAAUGCACGGCUGUUUUGACGCUGUGGAGCUGCUCCUGGAGCUGUGCCAGUACAAGCCCGACAGCAGAGAUAAAUGUGGAGUCACUCCCUUUAUGGAUGCUAUCCAGAACGGGCAUGUCAACAUCGCCCGGCUGCUUCUGGAGAAACACCAGGCCUGUCCUUUAGCCGUGGACGCUCUGGGUGCUCAAUCUCUGCACCGGGCAGCUGUUACAGCCCAGGAUGAAUCCAUCCAGUUCCUCGUCUCCGAGCUGGGUGUCAGUGUCAACGAGAGAGUGACGGCCCUACAACUCACAGCACUGCACUAUGCAGCCAAGGAAGGACACACGGGCACCAUCCAGACGCUGCUGUCCCUCGGUGCUGAUGUCCACGCGAAGGAUGGGAAGAACCGUUCCGGGCUGAACUUCACCCCUUCUUUUGCAGCACCCAGCACAUCCAAACAGCUGAGGCCGCAGCUCCCUGAAGCAUAACCGUCCAAGGAAGGUGCCCGUGGACCACUGCUCAAUGACCUCUGGUGACUUGUGUGGCUGGAACCAGCUGGAGCCUGCCCAGCUCUUUGCUGGGAUGUUUCCCUAGAGUGAACAUCCUCCAGGAGAAGAUACACCUGGAUCGUUGAGUUGUAUAACGCUUAAUGGACCUGCUCUCCACAAAUCUCUUUAAGUGGCCACCUCCUUGGGUAGCCCCUAGAGAAGCUGAGUGUGGUGCAGUGUGAGUGAGCCCUUGGUGACUUUUCCUUCAUCAGGUUUCAGCUGCAGAAGACAAGUGCAGGGAGUCUUCAAGCUACAUCGACCUCUUACAUCCUUUUUGUGGCCCCGGCCUGAUCCCAAAGCCCUCUUGAAAUCAAUAGUAAGACCUCAACCUUGCAAUGGCCUCAUGGGUCUUUGGAUCAGACUAAAAAAGAGCUAUUUGUUAUUCCAGACAGUCUUGCUUGACACUUCUCACCACUUAUGAACUUUAUAAACCAAAAAAAUCUGCUUUUUGAAGUGUAUAGGGAAAUGGCUUUAUAUUUCGUGUAGUCAGUAAGUCUCUAACAGCCCGGACUACACAUAAAGGUAAGAGCUGGUGGAGCUGUUUGGUUUAUUUGUGUGCAUCUGGAAUUAUAAAUAUGGUUUUGCGUAGAAACACGGCACUCCCCUCUCUAUAUGUAAUGUCAAGAUGUAAAAACCAACAGGAUCCUGCAGUUCUGGCGAUAGCAGAGGCUAAAAAUCAGACACCUCUGUAACUGAGCAAGCAAACAAGUUUUGCUCUGCCCCAGCUGUGGUGCUCAUGUUGUGGUUUGAUGCCCAACCCACCCAUGUGCUCCCGGGUGGGUUUAAAACAAUGCUGAGCUCCUAUUUGAGUGAGAAAUUCCCCCCUCCCCGUGGUCCCCGGAGCAGAAUUUGCCGUGAUGAUCCUAAGCCAGAGCAACGACAGUGCCACGCUCCUCUCGAGUUCAACAGCCUUUAGAGCAGGGUUGGGGCCUC